CAGCUCCACUACAAACCACUGAAGCAGACACACUCGCAACCUCCAGCUCCAUUCAAGAAGGGAAACGUAUCUGUUCACUACACAUCUCUGCUGAGUCAGACAUGGAGAUAGAAACUAUUUUCGAGUACUUGAGUAAUUUUACAUGGAUACACGGCUUGGGUGCGUUCGUGCUGCUCUGGGCUCUGGUUUGGUUCUACCGGGACAACCUAGAGAUUGACAACGUCAAGGAAAAAUACGUCUUUGUGACUGGUUGUGACACUGGUUUCGGGAAUCUAGUCUGCAAACGCUUGGACAAACGAGGUUUCCGCGUCCUUGCCGGGUGUCUCACAGAAAAAGGGGCAGAUGACUUGAAAAGGGCGACCGGACCUUACCUGAAGACGUGCAUAUUGGACGUAACCAACACGGUUAGCAUUCAGAAGGCCGCGGAAUGGACCAAAAAAGAAGUUGGAGAUAAAGGACUUUGGGGUAUUGUUAACAACGCCGGGCGCGCGCUACCCAUGGGGCCCUCUGAGUGGAUGACAAUCGAAGACUUUCAAUGCACCCUCAAAGUCAAUAUGAUCGGCGUUAUCGAGAUGACCAUGAACUUUUUACCGCUUAUCAAAAGGGCUCGUGGUCGAGUUGUGAAUGUGGCAUCGGUGCUGGGCAGAGUCGCGGCUAAUGGUGGGGGCUACUGUAUCUCGAAGUUUGGGGUGGAAGGUUUUUCCGACUGUCUGAGGAGGGAUAUCCAGUAUUUUGGAAUCAAGGUGUGUAUAAUCGAACCUGGAUUCUUCAAGACUCAGGUGACAAGCUUAGAGCCCAUCGAGAGGGAACUACAUCGCCUCUGGAACCAGCUGCCCACUGAGGUGAAGGAAAGUUAUGGUGAUAAAUACCUGGACAAAUACAUCAAAAUCCAGAGACUGAUCAUGAACGCCAUUUGCGACAAGGACAUCAGCAAAGUGACCAACUGCAUGGAGCAUGCCCUGCUGGCUGUCCACCCGAGGACGCGUUACAGUGCAGGCUGGGACGCCAAGCUCUUAUGGAUCCCCCUGUCCUAUAUGCCUGCUUGUUUUGUGGACAUUGCGUUAAAGUUGGUGAUGCCAAAGCCUGCAAAAGGCAUCUAGUGUACUGGUAAACUGGUAAAGGAAUUUUAGCCCAGAGACCCUGGUAACAGAUUAUAUUUCUAUUUUUAGGCUUGGCUUCUGUUACUAUUAUGAAACACUGGAUAAUGGUCUAUUUUUGGAGCCCCUUAUAUUGGAGAUUUAAAAUUGGGUUAGUUGGUGAUGACAAUUAUAACGUGUAAAUUUGACAAAGUUAAGGUGUUUUAAUAUUUUAAACACAAAAAAUAUAUUUCAGGACUGUUAAAUGGACAUUACCAAUAAUGUUGUAAAAUAAUAAUUUAUGUAAGUUAUCAUUGUUUACACACCGAUCUGUG